UAAGGUAGCUGUGCCGCAUGUGAUAAAGGGAAACCUCCCGACCUAGCGAAGACCCGUUUGUUAUUGUCGAAAAUAUUCCCUUUUAAAGGGUUUAAAAUAUGGCAAAGUUUUUGGUGAGAAGACAUGCUGAGCCUGCUUACGUUCAUGGUCUUAUAGAAGCGGUAAAUAAAAUAUCUUCUCAAAAGCAAUGUCCCAACGAAGAGAGAAUUCUUCGAGCGAUUCAGCAGGAAUACGACUGGACAAAAACUGAGAUACUCAAACAGCUCAAGUUUGCAGUAAAAGAUGGCUUUUUUAUUCAAGUUACAGCAAUUUCAAGUCACGGAAAGUCCAAAGGAGUUCCACAGACUGCUUUUAGAGUUCGGCAAAGGGAAAAAGAACAGGAGCUAGAAAAGACACAGGAAACCCAUGAUUGGUAUUGCUGGGUAUGUCAUGGUGCUGGUGAAAUUAUCCAGUGCGAUCACUGUCCACGUGUAUUCCAUAGAAAAUGUGCACGCGAUGGUUCUGUAUCUUCUGGAAAAUGGAAAUGUCCUUCUUGUCAGCAUCAAAAGCUUCCACAACUUAUAAGUUCAAAGUCAGCAGAUGCGCUUUCAAAGAUGUUGCUGUUUACAAUGGAGAGAAUGAAAGAGAAGGCUAAGGACUUCUUAAGACCCAUUGACUUUGAUGAAUACGAAGACUAUCUUGAUUUUAUUUUCAAACCCAUGGAUUUAAGUUUACUUGAAAAGAAUGUUAAAGAAAAGCACUACAAAACACCAAAAGAAUUCAGAGAAGAAGCCCAAUGGAUGCUGCAUAACUCAAUCAUAUACUUUGGAGAGAAUACAGAAAUGACAGAAUUAGCUGAAGCUAUCAUGGAAGAUUGUGAUGGCGAGCUGGAAGAGUUAAUACGAUGCUCUGAUUGUUAUCUUAUGUCCAACGUACGAACUACCAAUUGGUUUGCCAAACCUUGUUUUUACCCACACGAGUUAGUUUGGGCCAAGAUGACCGGUGAACCACCAUGGCCGUCAAAACUUUUAGCGUGGAAUGAAGAAAAGACCAAGGCCCUUGUUCGGUUUUUUGGGACCGCGCACCAAAGAGCCUGGGUCAUUGGCAAGAACGUCAUCCCCAUUACGCAAAAGCCGGACGUGAAGAAACGACCUCAAAGAUGGCUGCAGGCGGUGGAGGAAAUGAAACUUUAUGAGAAAUACUUGGAUCAGUCACAACAUAAGCAUAGAAAGAAAAUUCCUGAGCCCACAAAAACAAAGGCAAAUUCACGCGAAAGAUCAACACAGACACACACACUGGACGAGAAUUGCAACUGCUCGAAACCAAGCGAAGAAAACUCACUCCAACGUAAAAUAGACGCAAUUAGUAAAAAAUUAGACGACGAAAUCAAGAAAAACGCCGAACUCAACAAACGAAAAGACGAACGCAUCAAAAUUCUCCAAGAUCACGCGAAAACACUAGAAGAUCACUUAAACUCUGCUGUUUUAAAUUUAGAAAGCGAAAGAAAUCGAGCGAAAGAUUAUAAACAAAAGUAUGAAAAACUUAUAGUCGAGGAAAAGCGAAUUAGGACUAUGUUAAACUCAGACGGAGUGUACAAUAGUGGCCUUACAAACGGUUCUUCGUCUACAUAUAACGAUGAUUGCAGUAAUCUAUCCUCACCGCAUCAAAGUGGAAGUUCACGGCCUAGAGAGCGCAGAAACAACGAUGAAACAAAAUUAGCAGCGAAUAAAGAGCGCCUUGAGCGCGAAAAAGCAAUCGCUGAAGCAUUAAAGAAAGCCAAAAAGGAACACGAGCGACAGAUACAAAGAACUUUGCAAACUUCACGAGAAGAGGCUAAUAGAGCGCUUAAAGAAGCUGUAUCGGCGACGAAACGAAAGCAGUGGUGUUCGCAUUGCUCUAACGAGGCUUUCUAUCCCUGCUGCUGGAAUACAAGUUACUGCACAGUUGAAUGCCAAAAGGCCGACUGGUGCUCACAUCGUUUUCAUUGCAUGCGUCUUGCUUGUAAUUGUGGUAGGGAUUGUAAAAAGUCGUGUUGAAAUCCCGCAGUUUUUUCACUUAAUGUAAGAUUUGUUUUGUUAACAAUGUGUGAAAAGGGCCUUUUCUGAAAUAGCUUUGCAUUGUGGAAUAGACUCAGUACAAAGUAUUUUUUUCAUGCCGUCAAAUAUGGUGUUGUAGGUACAACCCAGAACACAAUCCAUCGUGUACAUCAGAAAAGUGCCAUGGUCAUAUCUGCCCUAAUGAUGACGUCAUGUUAGUUUGACGAAAUGCAUCAUGGUAUCAUGGAUUUUAGCCAUUGUUUCAUCCUAUUUUUCCGUCGUCGGAGAUAAUCAAAAAGAUGAUCCAAUAAAGAUUGCUGAAAAUUUGAGUAGAGCAGAAAUUUGUUAUAGGACUGAAACGUUUAUCCGCUGUACAUUUCCUUAGCGGACUUUUUUCUCAAUUCAAACAUGUUUGCGCUUCUAAUAUCCUUGAAAUUAACCACAGGUAUAGAAGAGAAUAAUUUUUAAACUAAUGCGAGAAUAUUGAUUAGCUGUAUUUUUAAAUCGAUCCACUAUUAUCACUACCGAAUAUGGCAUCAAAAAUAUGGUAAUCAUUCCUUAAUGUUCAAGAGCAGAUCACAGCGGUUAGACGGUUCCAGUCCAAUUAUAGAUUAAAAAAAAAACAUUUUGAGCACGAAUUACUUUUGUUCCUAGUCCUACAGCACAAUAAUGUCGGUCGGUCGAUACUUCCGUCAAUCCCAUGGUGCAUUUCGCCGUAAAUAGCGGGCGUCAUUUUUGAGUGACUCUCGUUAAAUGUCCUUUAAAACACCUCGUAUCUUAUGAAUAAAUUCUGUAAUUAUAUAAUUUAUAGGAUAAAAUUAAGUAUACCUCGGGGAGAACUCGUUUAUACUACAGAUUUCGCCCCAUGUAGGAGAAUCCAGAAAACUAUAGAGUAUUUCAGAUUGCAAGCCUUGUGAUUCCGGAUUUCAAAGAAUUUUUGUUACUGGAUUUCAACAUUUUUGCUCGAUUAUGAAUUUCAAGUAUUUGGAUUCCGG